GCUGAUCGUUCUCGCUCGCCCUGCACUCGCCAGUCGUCACCAGCACGUCCAUCACUCGUAUUUUCGUUGGAAUUCAGUUUAAAAUCUCAGAAAUCGUUGACUGACAGGAUAGAAAGUAGAAAUAGCGUUUCAGAGGAACCACAGCCUGACUGACAAGUCUGCAGAAUGAAUCUCUCAGAUCCAGCUGUUGAGCGACAACUACAAGGACACAAGUCCAAAAUCACCUGCAUUACCUUCAACCCUCGUUACCCAGCAAUCGCCUCUGGAGACCUGGGCAACAACAUCCUCGUUUGGAACCCGAAGAAAUGGGGAAACUCUCUCAAGUUUGAAGGACACAAAGGCUGCAUCAAUGACCUCAACUUCUCCCCGACGGUCAACCUGCUGGCCUCAGCCUCUUCGGACCGCAUGGUUCGUCUGUGGGUGCCGACCUACAGCGGCGGCUUCUCUGAAUUCAUGGCCCACUCCUCGGGCGUUCGGUCUGUCCAUUUCUCGCCUGACGGUGAACUCUUGGCCACUGCUUCUGAAGACAAGUCGGUGAAAUUGUGGCAGACUGACGGCAAGAGGCGCUUUAUUUCCUCCAUGUCUCACCACACAAACUGGGUGCGUUGUGCCAGAUUCUCGCCCAAUGGCCUCCUCAUCGGAUCGUGCUCGGAUGACAGCUCGGCCAUCAUCUGGGAUUUCAGGGAUGAGAAAAAGUCUGUCGAGGUAGUGCAGGGAAUGGACUCUGCGCCCCACCACCUGGCCUUCAGUCCUGUCCGCGAGACAACCUUUGCUCUGGCAUAUCCCACUGGACACGUCCGAGUCUUCGAUAUCAGGAUGCCUCAGGAGCUGCUGCAGAGUUACAAAGCUCACGACAAAGCCGUCCACCAGCUGUCUUUCCAUCCGUCAGGAAACUACAUCCUUUCGGCACAUGACGAUGGACAAAUCAAGAUGCUGGAUCUGUUGGAAGGUAGGCCAAUCUAUACCAUGUCCCUCCACAAGGGUGCCGCCACCUGCGUUGCUUUCUCACCAAGUGGAAAACUGUUUGCGUCUGCUGGGGCUGACCGUCAGGUUGUCAUCUGGAAGAUUGGCAACGAGGAAAAGCCUGUUGUUAGUCCUCUGGCUAGCGGAACUGGAUGGAAAAAACCGACUGAUACAAAUUCAAAGACGUCUACCAAAACUGUCGAAAAGAGAGCGAGCUCGCCUGACAUGAGCCGAAUCAAAGACUUGGAAGCCAGGGUGAAGAAGCUGGAGUUGCUGUUGCAGGUGUCCCCAAGAUGCAACCAAGGAGACAUUGAAAAUGUAAAUCCUUUGAGUCCUGGCGAUUUGGAGAAUCGAGUUGCGUGCCUUGAGGAGAGGCUGACCUUUGACGAUUCAAUUGAGGCUGGCUAUGAUUAGUUUGGGGGUACUGCAGUACCUAAAUGAGUAACUCCUGUGCAUUUAUUUACAAACAUUCAUAGAUUAAGAUUACUGAAAAAUUUUAAAAUGUUUACUUUUAACACCCCUCUUACUUAAAAAAAUAGCUUGUAGAGACGGAGAUUAUGAAUACUCCAAGAAAAUUUAUUGCUUAGGAAUAGGAGAAAAGAAAAAAGAAGAAUGAUAUUGAAAUGUCAGUUUUUAUAUUUGCAUGGAAGAAAUUAGACUGAUCAUCUUCAAAAAUUUCUUUAAAAUCCUCCGGCCUUUGUAAAUAAAUGGAAUAGUCUGAAAAUUUUGAUAACACGAUUUUUUAGGAUAAAUGAAAAAAUAAAUUUGAUAUUGAAUAAA